UUUUACUAGAAUCACUUUUUUCAUUAGAUUUGAUCUUUGAAGCUGCCAAGAUGGAGACACUUUGGAACAAGAGAACACUCCCACCACCACCAACACUGACAUAUGCAGCUUCAAAGGAUGUCAACACCACUAGAUUUCUGGCACACAUGUCUACUGCUAUGGGUACUUUGAAACAAUCAAGCGCUCUCUCUAACGAGUAUGCAGUGUUGGACCGACUGCUUUAUAAGUUCAACAACCAACUGAGGAAAGAAAAAGUCAUACAAACUAUGAAAAUGAUCAAACAAGCUCUAAAACGAAUUGCUGAAAUGGACAUGAAAGCUGAAUUUGAGAAGUUUUAUGAUUCUAAACAAAGAACUGACGGAUUAAAGAUUGAUUUGCCAUCAAAACAAAUGUUACAGUAUCUGCUUGUGAGAUUGAUGGGUUAUGCAAAGCUUUUGAUCCGGGUUGGUCAUUGCUGUCAGGAGGCAUAUAUAUAUUGCAUGCAGAAACUUGGUAGAGGAGACUUGGUUAGACAAAUGUUACUGUUUGCAAGUGUAACAAGUAGACUUUGGGUUUUAUCACAGGCCCUGGGGUUGCAUGCCAUCAGCUGGUAUAAGGAUCUGUAUGGGUACUUGGAGAUACUGGAGGGUCCACAAGUUGAUUGGCUCCCGCCAAAGGAGACUCUUCCUCCUGAUCUUCAUGACUGGCUGGAGAUAGGGAAAGAUUUGGGUGAACCAAAGGUGCACACUGGGGUGUAUAAUCUAGGCCUGAGUGAUAAAUCAAAAGUCAACUUGGAUGAUUUACUGUCAAAGUUCAGUGAAGAGCAGUGUCCUUCACCGACAUGUACUGGUGGUGAUGAGACAACACUAAAAGCAGACAAAGGCCUUGAUGAUCCAGAGGGUUGGGAUGAGACAUUGUGUUUACAUCAGACAAUGGAACCAUUCGAUGGAGACAGAGUUGCCAAGAUGGAUGUUAAUGAUUACAUUGACAACCUUUAUAGCUAUGGUCAGGUAGAAGACGUUGGAGUGUCCGUGACAGUUAAUCGGUCAGAGUUCAGUCAGAAGAAGUCACCAGCACCUGCUAAUCAUGUUGUUGCUAAAGAAAGUGCACCAACUGUGCCAAAGCCGGUACCAGACAUGACGAUUGCCCAUCAGGAUAGCGAAAAACAAAAAACUGGGCCAACAACUGGUAUGGCUGAGCAGAGGAAUCUAACAUCAAAUCAGAAGAGAAAACUGAAGGACAACGCAAAACAACUAAAACUCAAGGAGAAAAGGUUAGCAAAAAGGAAAAAAAGAAAAGAGAAAGAGAAAACAAAAAUGCUGAAGUUGGCUGUGAAAAAGCAGAAUGAAAGGGCAGGUGGUAAACUAGGAGACAAAUCAAAGCAGACAACAUCAGUGAAAAGUUCAGUGGCCGUCGAAGCUUCUUCAUCCAAAUCAAGUGUUGCAGAGUGGGAAGGACUGUCCUUGGCAAAGCGGCAUGAACUGGCCGUGAUUGCUGAUGAGGUAUAUGGUGCAGAAAGACCAGCGAAGAAGCUGAAACCAGGGCAUGAUGAAGGGAAGGGGACAUCCAGUGCUGCUCAUUCUGUUGUUAAAGGUUUUCAACCACUCUCUGCAGAAAAGAGAAAGGUAUUAGCUGCACUCUCUGACAGCGUUAAAAAACACAAAAAGAGAAAACGUGGACGAACACAAUGAUCCAAUUGAAAAAUCAAAACAGGAGCUAUGCGUUCAGAAUCAACCUUGAUCUUGUUGUACACGGCAUUCCAUGUUUGCCAUUAGUGGUGGUUCUCAUGUUCGUUUUCAAUCAAACUACUAUCAUUAAAUGAGAAAUUGAAUAAAAUUGCAGAUAGAAUUA